AUGAAGGAUUUUGCAGCCGGUGAUGUUGGGGCGUCUUCUCAAUCAUCUACUGCAGAAAUACGUCCUGACUUGACUCGAUUUGAUCAACUUCGGGCAAAUCCUCCGAGCGUUCUUGUUGUACCCCCAGAUGCAUGUGAAAUUCACCCAUCAUCCCUCGACGACAUCUUCAAGGCUAUUGGUCUUCUAAAAGACCAAUUUGAAUCCGAUAAGCCGCCGUCCUCACAAUUUAUUCACGUCAUGAACAUUCCAUCGCCACUCCUCAACAAAAUUGAAAAUGACACUGGCCUCUUUCAAGGUGUCCAAGCCCAUAUCGUGCAUAAGCAAUCGGAAAUAUUACUCAAGAUAUCACCAGGACGCGAUCAUGAAUCGAUUACUGAGAGAUUUGCCGAGGAAAUAAAGACGAAACUGCGCUCUAUGGGUGUUGCUACGUGGAAUGGAGAGUUUGAGGCAAUUGGUUCCACCAGGAUCUAUGGAGAUUCAUCAAGUAAAGAGCCAGCCUGGGCCAUGGCUCCCAAGAACACGAUCAACCCCUCUCUUGUUCUUGAAGUCGGAUUCUCGCAGUCUUAUGCCAGUCUCCUAAAUGAUGCUGCUUGGUGGUAUAGUAAUGCAAACACCAAGGUAAUCGUUCUUAUCAGCAUAUCGCACAGCCCCGUCCUUCAUGUGGCUUUCGAAGUCUGGUCCGAGGUGCCCAAUACAUCACUCGCUCCGUUCACAAAAUCUCGUCCACAACAGGUCCUACAAUGCACCCAAAGGGCCCAAUACCAAGACGGCCAAAUUACCGGCGGGCCAUUAACUAUACCUUUCGAUAAUAUCUUAAAUCGAGCGCCCCGAGGUAUUGAGCAAGACAUCAUCCUCAGUCCCGCUAUAUUGGCACAUAUUGGCGCGGAGGCAUGA